AUGCUCACUCCGUAUGGAAUGCCGCACAUGUGCAGUCCGUAUGGGCUGCUGCUCGUGCGCAGUGGCCAUACGGGAUGCCGCUCACACGCGGCGGCUAAUUGGUUGGAUAAGGUAACUGCAAAUCCAAAUGAUAUUUGUAAAGUGGUAUACGGUGUCCUUGAGAGCAUUGAGACCAAUGUGUCAGCAAUAGAGGAGAUCUUCUGCAAGGAGAACCUGGAAGCAUAUCCAAAUUUACAGCCAUUAUACGAAAGCCUAGAAAAUGGAAAAGGCAUGCAGAAUAAUAAAAUACAAGAUUUGAAUGUUGUGGUCCGAAGACUGAAAGUACGCUGUGGAAGAAGUAAAGGUGUUUUAUAUAAGAGUAGAUUCACAGCAGGAGUUUCAAGGAAAAGUAUCAAGGAUUCCAAUGGAAAGUGGUUCACACCAUUAGAAUUUAAGGACAAAGGAAGAUAUAAAAGUUCAAAAUGCUGGAGAAGAUGUAUCCACUAUGGUGAGAUUUCCUUAGAAGAAUUAAUAAAGUGGGGAGAAAUACUGAAGCCACAACCGGAAUCCUCAAGAAUGCAGAAGCCAGAUGACCUGUGUGCUGUGUCCUGUGAGGAGAGACGUCACUGAUAUACUACUGUUCAUGUCCCAGACCUUUCAGGAAGAUUGUUGAGAAAAAGUAGUUAACUUCAUGUCACAUUAGCAGACAUCUUUAUAAUGCAAAGUUGGUUGUUGACAGGCAUGGUACCUGAAGCGAUGGUAAAAUAGAACUAAAUCAAGCAAUGAUCUCCAUAUAUAUCAAAGUGAAUGUUAUAAUAUCUUCUCCCUUUAAGGUCUGGAAAUUUCAGUAGAUGGAAAAGUAGUGGAUGAUGAAUUUGGAAAGAAAUUUUGGGAAGUGUUUUCUAUUCUGUAAGCAAUUUCUUAAGUUAAUCCAUCUUCAGACUUGUGAGCCAUCCAUCCCAAAAGGUGCUAACUUGCUUGCUGUUUUUAAAACCUCUUAACUUAACCCUAUUUCAUUUUAAAGUUAAGUGCCUAUGACCCAGAUAGACUGAAAGCUUAGCAGUAACCUUGAUACCAAGCCAAAAUGUUAUUAGCAACUGUUUAGUGAUAGCACAAUUGAAAGGAUAUGUAUAUGUGUAUGCAUUUGGAGGGGUUUUUUGUUUGUUUACACGGGCUGAACAAAGAACUGAGCUUGGGGCUGGUAAAUGAGAGGUGUGAAGAAUCAAGUUGGAACUGUGAUGCAAGCAAAUCUGGACUUUGCUGCUUGCACUGGCCCUAUGAAAUGAGGAGAGGACGAUAUUAGGACAACCCUGGAUUUGGGCAAUGGAUUUUGUUGCUUUGGCAACAUUAUGGCAUUCUGGAUCCUGUCGGAGAGGACUUUGCUUCCCAUCUUUGUCUAUCCAUGUAAAACUUCUGCCUCAGUGCCAUUUGAGAGAAGGCAAACCUCUAUAGACAGGACCAGUGGUAGACAUUUUGACACCUGAGGCAAACCACCAAAUGGUGCCUCCCUCCCAGCCAGGGAAGAAGGGGUGAGUGAAGAUGUACAUCAGGAACAAGUGGGAAAUAAGUAUCAACAUUGGGAUCUGCUACACCUGUGGAUUCUGCCGCCUGAGGCAGUCAUCUCACCUGACCUCAUGGAUGGGCUGGCCUUGUUCAUAGCAGCAAAUGUGUCUGCAACACCUUCUCAUGCCUCGGCCUUUUUCCAUUUUUGCUUGCUGCAGGGAUCACUGGCCGGGACCCUUUGUAUGUAUAAGUAUCACUCCAUCCUUGGUAUGUGUAUGGAUUAGGGUUAGUCUGCUUAGAUAGGAUAAUUCCUUCACACCAUUUUUUAUUUACCCCUUUCCAGGGUAAAUCUUCACAAGGGAAAGGAUGCCCAGUUUGUAAAUGUUUGAUCAGGAAAUAAAGCUUUUCAACUUUA